CCUUCCUUGGCAGUCCCGUGAGCGAUAGUAUAUAAAGACGGAGACUGGGAGUGAUCCCAACGCAGCAUUCACACUUGUCUUCUUUCUCUCUGGAAUCGACUCGAAGCAAGCAGACGAAAUGACCUCUCCCGUAUGCGCCAUUGGCGCCGCAGGUCCUCAGGAAAAGCUCGCGCCCUUGACCGUCAACCGCAGGGCCCCCGACGAUGACGACGUGGUCAUCGAUAUCCAGUACUGCGGUAUCUGCCAGAGCGAUAUUCAUACCGUCCGCGGCGAGAUGGGCCCGACUGUGGGCUAUCCUAUGGUCCCCGGCCAUGAGAUCGUAGGCGUCGUGCGGAGUACCGGGAAGAACGUGUCUUCGUUCAAGCCCGGUGACCGUGUCGGCGUCGGCUGCAUGGUGGACUCGUGCCGCACAUGCCGCAAUUGCAGCGAAGGAGAAGAGUCGUACUGCAGCGGUAACGAUACGGUUCGCUCCGCUGUCCUCACGUACAAUGGCAAGAAUCCCAAAGAGAAUUUCGAGCCAACCGUCGGAGGCUACUCGGAGUCCAUAGUGGUGGACUAUCGCUAUGUCCUUCGCAUUCCGGACGCUCUGCCAUCUGAUAGCGCUGCGCCUUUGCUAUGCGCCGGUAUCACCAUGUUUUCCGCGCUUCGCCAUUGGAAGACCGGCCCCGACAGUCGAGUUGCGAUCAUCGGCAUAGGUGGUCUUGGCCACGUUGGAGUCAAGCUCGCGGCCGCAAUGGGUGCUCAUGUCACCGCUCUCUCGCACAGUCCAGGCAAGCGCGAGCUUGCCCAAUCACUCGGAGCGCACGAAUACUACGCGACAAGCGAUCCCUCCACCUUCUCCGCCCUAGUCGAUCACUUCAACAUCAUCAUCAAUACCACCUCCGCUGAUCUCCAGCUUGACGGGUUUAUGAGGAUGCUUCGCCGGGACGGGACCUUCGUCGAGGCGGGCGUUCCUGAACAUUCCCUCAAGAUCCAUCCUUUCAGUGUACUCUUUGGGCGCCAUAGUCUCGCGGGGACCAUGAUAGGUGGAAUACGCGAGACGCAGGAAAUGCUGGACUUCUGUGCCGAGCACAAGAUCACCGCUGACAUAGAGGUCAUACCUGCCUCCUACAUUAACGAGGCAUACGAGCGAGUUUUGAAGUCGGACGUCCGCUUCCGCUUCGUUAUCGAUAUGUCUACUAUCCAUGGAAAUAAGCUUUGAGUAUAACAGGUCUGCCAAUGUAACACUACGUCGUCAAUGCGAUUGACUGGUCUCCUCUACUCCCACUUCAACAAUCGUCUCGCUCCUGGGCGGCUAGUUCAGGCCAAUAUCUCUCCCAACAUCGAGCCAUAUGUAUGCAGUGACCAGUGUUGCCCAUUACGCCAGAUAUCUGGCCAAAGAGCGACCCCAAGCUGGUUACACUGAAUAAAAGAAUGA